AUGUUUCUGAUAGAUUGGUUUUAUGGGGUCCUGGCAUCACUUGGUUUGCGGCAAAAAGAAGCCAAGAUCUUGUUUUUGGGCCUUGAUAAUGCUGGCAAAACCACCUUGCUUCACAUGUUAAAAGACGAGAGAUUGGUGCAGCAUCAGCCAACACAGUACCCAACAUCAGAGGAGUUAAGUAUAGGGAAGAUAAAGUUUAAGGCUUUUGAUUUGGGUGGUCAUGUGAUUGCUCGUCGAGUCUGGAAAGAUUACUAUGCCAAGGUGGAUGCAGUUGUUUACCUGGUAGAUGCCUAUGACAAAGAGAGAUUUGCCGAAUCAAAAAAAGAACUAGAUGCUCUCCUCUCCGAUGAAGCAUUAGCUAAUGUCCCAUUCCUUGUUUUGGGCAACAAGAUCGAUAUUCCAUAUGCUGCCUCAGAAGAAGAGUUACGUUACCAUCUUGGUCUUGUCAACUUCACCACCGGCAAGGGUAAGGUGAACUUGGUAGACUCAAAUGUCCGUCCGGUUGAGAUCUUCAUGUGUAGCAUUGUCCGAAAAAUGGGCUAUGGAGAGGGUUUCAGGUGGCUUUCUCAGUACAUCUAG